UCGCGCUCGCCGCCAAGACGUACAAAAUGUUGAAGCAACCAAAUUAUCUCUUCGGACCGGACGACAACAUGAUGCCAGUGAAAAUAAAUUUAGGCGAUUUUUUAGUGAAAGGUUUCAAGAAGCAUGGUGAUAAAGUUGCAAUGAUUAAUGCCGUAACCGAAGAGCAGAUAACGUACAAUGAAUUGGUGCAAGCUGCUACGAACCUUGCCGUAUCUCUGGUGCGUUUGGGAGUGAAGAAAGGAGACGUGGUCGCUAUAUGCUCCGAAAGUCGUUUGGAGAUUUGGUCGACUGUUCUUGGACUAACCUGUACUGGCGCAGUUAUUACUCCAAUUAGUACUGGAUAUGUUAAAGACGAGCUCAAGCACGUAAUGAAUAUAUCAAGGCCAAGCUACUUGUUUUGUUCUAAACUAACUUACCAAAUGCACGAGGCAGUUUUCAAAUCUUUCGACUGCAUAAAAGAGAUAAUAUCCUUUGACGAAGAGAGACCAAAAGGUGCUUUAUUUUACAAAGACUUGGCCAUAGUUUCUGAUGGUUCAAUGAUCAGAGAGAAUGUAAAAAUAGACGAGUUCCUUGCAGUGGAAGUAGAAGGAGUUACGGACACUGCUUUUAUAAUGUACUCGUCAGGCACGACUGGACUGCCAAAAGGUGUGAUGCUAAGUCAUUUAAACCUUAUCGCUACGUGUACAGUGCCGGAUGUUUGUGAUCCGAAAUUAAACGUUUUGCAAAUUACUCCGUGGUAUCAUAAUAUGGGCGUUAUGGUGAUGCUUUUGUAUAUGUAUGCUGGAUCCGAAAUUGUAUUUCUACCGAAAUUUGAAUUGGAUUUAUACUUGAGAUUAAUCGAAAAAUAUAAGAUAAAGAAACUACUUUUGGUACCAUCUGUAAUAUGGGCAAUAUGUAAAACAUCUUUUACAUAUGACGUGAGUUCGGUAGAAGUUAUUGUGUGCGGAGCUGCAGUCCUUCAACAAGAUACUAUAGAAGCUGUGAAAUCAAAGUUUAAGAAUUUAAUAGAUGUAUACCAAGGUUACGGGAUGACAGAAGCUACGCUUUUAAUAUCGCUAGCCUCUUAUGUCAGUAGACAGAAAUGCAAGACGGGAAGUGUUGGCAAGAUUACUUAUAAUACAACUGUUAAGAUUGUAGAUGUUGAAACAAGGAAACCGUUAGGUCCGUAUGAAACCGGAGAAAUCUGUUUUAAAAGUCCGUCGGUAAUGAAAGGUUACAUAGGAAAAGACAAAAGUGAAGAUUUUGACGAUGAGGGCUUUUUAAAAACUGGUGAUAUCGGAUACUAUGAUGAUGAGAAAUAUUUGUUUAUUAUGGACAGAUUGAAAGAAUUAAUAAAAUACAAAGGUUAUCAGGUUCCUCCUGCAGAAAUAGAGACACUAUUGCUACAGCACCCGGGCGUGCGUGACGUCGGCGUAGUAGGGCUUCCCGAAGCAGUGGCAGGUGAGGUGCCGCUUGCCUUCGUGGUGCCUCAACCCGGUGUUUGCCUUUUAGAGGCAGAACUGCAAAAGUUCGUGGCCGAUCGGCUGUCAAAUCCGAAACAUUUACGAGGCGGCGUUCGUUUUGUUGAAAAUAUACCGCGAAACCCAAACGGAAAAAUAUUACGAAAAAAUCUGCGAGAGAUGCUUGAAAAUGAGAAAAACAUUUGAUAAAGAUA